GCGCGCGCAAUUUAUGUAAACAUGACUUUUCACGUGCAUAAACACGACAUACCGUAUAUACUGUGCAUGUGCUGUGUGACAUCAAUUGAUAAAUUCGUGGAUCUGUCUGUGACUGUGUACAUGCUCUCGACUGUUCAUCAGAACCUGCUAUAAAUGAUCGCAACUAAAACAUUUUAUAAAUCAGCUAAUAUGGCCCCUGUAACUCGCACUCGAAAUCCAAGACCAAAGCGAGAAGGAGGUUCUGAACUUGAAGCAGCCGAAUCAACAUUGGCUUCGAAGAGAGCAAAGCGGACUUCUGUUAGUUUGAAAGCAGAGAUGCCAGAUGCCGACUUGUCGCCCGCCGUCAGACGCUCACCAAGAGUUAUGAAAAAGGACGCAAAGGUGUCGCUGACCAGGACAAACAUCUUGAAGGAAAAUGUUCAGAGAGGGAAGGAAAAGGUGAAAAAGGAAAUCAAAGAGGAGGAGGAUGAAGAAGAGGAGAAUGCGGAUAUCAGACCUCUAAAAGAAGAAUCAGAUGUAGAAAUGAGUGAUGGGGAGGAGACCCACCCGGGUUUAUCAGAAUAUGAGCAGAGGAGGAUGGAGAACAUCUCCAAGAAUGCUGAGUUCUUCGCUUCUCUUGAUAUCUUCAAGGCCAAGGAGAAUCUUAUUGCUCUCAGUCCUCAAGCCCAGAAACCCAAGACACAGACCAGAGGACUAAAGAGUCAGCGACAGUCCCAUUCCCCUAUUGUCCGAAGAGCGCCCUCGCUCCGUCUGCAGAAGAAGAGCCCGGAAGGAACGGCAUUACCAGAGGGUUUCAAGGAACCACCUCUUCAAAGUUAUUACACACAGCAGACCAGAGAACGCGAGAGGUUGCCCUCUGACCCAAUCAAGAUGGAUGCCACGAACGUCAAGAAAGAGGACAAGUCGGAUGCUGGGGCCGACUUUGUGAAGGGGCUUGCUGCCCUCGCAAAGGGGAAAAAGACAAGCAUCAAGGCUGAUGACAGGGAUAUUGACAAGUUUGCCACACAACUCCAGAAGAUGAAGACGAAACCUCAAUACGUCGCUAAGGUUGUCCCAGAGCGCAUCUUCUCCGUCGUAGUUCACCCGUCCGUCGACAAGACCAUAGUAGCAGCUGGAGACAAGUGGGGAAAGAUCGGUCUUUGGGACGUUAAUUCCUCUAAAGGCGACGAUGGGGUCUUCCUGUUUGCUCCUCAUUCCAGACCCGUGAAUUGUCUUCGGUUCGCACCCAACGAUCCAAACAAACUCUAUUCCGUCUCCUACGAUGGGACAGUGCGGUGCGGAGACUUCGCUAAUGCUGUGUUUGAUCAGGUAUAUGUAGCAGACGACGAUGAAGUCAUGUGGACAAGUUACUUUGACUUUUUGUCGGAAACCUCGCUUCUUGUUACAUCGAAUGAUAGGACUGGAAAUGUAGCAGUAGUUGACACUAGAACAAGCAACAAGAGCGGUGAGACGGUGUACAAGGCACACCCUCGGUAUAUCAAAACUCUCUCCGUCCAUCCCACCAUGCCUCACUACUUUGUCACUUGCUCCAGUGACUGCACGGCCCAACUAUGGGACCUCCGCAGCAUGAAGGAGAGCGGGAGCAGCAAGUCCGUCGCAGUGAUGCCGCACAGCAAGAGCGUCAACUCCGCAUUCUUCUCACCGAUCAACGGAUCAAAGAUACUCACCACCUCCCAUGACGAUAAGAUCAGCAUCUUCAAUACUGAGAGCGCUAAGACUGGGCAACUGAAAGGAGUUCAACGGACUCUAUGGAUGAGUCAUAACAACUUUACUGGUCGUUGGCUCACUGUAUUCAGAGCAUCAUGGCAUCCGAGUAGAGAAGACGCAUUCGUUGUCGGAAGCAUGUCACGGCCGAGAAGGAUUGAGGUGUUCAGCUCGAAGGGAAAGCCUGUCCACUUUUUCUACGACGAUCACCUAGCGUCGGUCUGCUCUAUCAACGCGUUCCAUCCGACAAGAGAUAUAUUGGCUGGCGGAAACUCUAGUGGGAAGCUCCACGUCUUUAUGGCGUAAAAGUGGAACAAUAGUUUCGAUGAUGUUCUUCCUUCAGCCAUUUCCUUGGAAUACUCGCAUUCUUUAAGGAGCUUAUUCGUGCCUGAGAUCAAAGCAUUGGAUUGACGUUUUCAUCCGAGUCUCCUGUUUGUCGGGUGCAAUCAUGGUGGAAAACUUCGUGUCUCAUAACGGUUUUCUUGGUGGAAAAUCUGGCAGAAGCUCAAUAUCUCCAUGGCAUAAACUGGAAAUUCUCCUAUUGAUGUGCAAAAUGUUUAAAGGCCUGGUCCCACUGGCCGAUGGACACAAAAUGUAUUCAUAACGGAUACAGCGGACAAGCAACAUAUCGGGGUGGCUCCAUCCGUUUUCAUCCGCUCCAGACAAUGGACAAAAUGGGCAAACAAAGAAAUCACAGUGGAUGGAUGAUCGAUGGAUAUAGAGCGUAUGAAACAUGUAUGCAAAGAGUGCACAACGGAAACAUAGCGUAUUCCAACGGAUGGCAAGAUUCCUUUCCAUUAUACAUCCUCUCUGCAUCGGUAAGUGCAGUGGGACCAAGUCUUACGAUGAUGUUUGUGCUUCGAUCUCUUUAACAUGCAUUUGUUUAGGAGAUGAAGUGUGACAAAGAACAGAGUAUUUAAUCAAUGCUUUUAUUGGAGUUAUCCAUUUCUUGGUGGAAAUCAUAGUCUAGUGGAUGAGAUCUAGUGAUUGCAAAGAUUUCUAGCGGAAAACUCCAUAUUGUCAUGACAACGUCUCGUGUACAUGAUAUUGAUGAUGAUGUUUGUGAGUAAGUCAUCUCUUUUAAUAUUCAGAGAAUUGAGCGAAUAAUUGAUGCCUUCAGCUCAGUGACCCAUGUGUUGGCAGAAAAUAUAUUUGAAAGAUUUAUGUCCAGAUAACACAAUCUAUUGGGUGGCAGAAAUUCUAGCUGAGAAUUCCAUAUUGUCAUGAAAAUAACAUUUUCGUAUUGAUCUGCGCAAUAUUGAAGAUGAAGUUUCUGCUUCAAGCAUUUAAUAAUCUUCGGAACUAAGCAUUUAAGCAAUUUUUUCAGCUAGUGGGAAACCUAGCUGAAAGCUCUGUGUCUAGUGAACAAGAUCUAUUUGUUGUCAGAAAGUCUGUAACAGAUAAGUCCAUAUCUUCAUGGCAUUAACUGUUACUGCAUUUAUUGAUUUGCAUGAUAUUGAAGAUGAAGUUUUUGCCUCGGCCUUUUUAAUAUGAGUGAAACAGCAGGGGGCGGGGCGGACAGGAAUCCUUUUUUGGUUUGGGUAAUAAGCUUCAAGGCAAAAUUGUCUAAGGAAAAAAAAAGAACACCCAAAUCAGUUAUAAAAUUAUGAAAACAUGGGGAAUUUAUAUACAAGGUGUGAUCUUGAACACGAGCCUCUUCAAGUUAUAACAAGAUCAAAUCAAGGUGUAUCGGUGGUUCAAACUUUAUCUGGGGAGCUUUGUAUACAUUCUAAUGCAGUCUAAUAUUCAGCUUUAAUUUUUUUUUUCUGACCUCACAUCUGUUGCUAUGACCUCAAAGACAAUGGUUCCUGGUGUUGAAAUUCCGUAGGAAGUUCAAAUAUUUGUAUUACAGACUGUUACUCUAGAGAUUCUCCAAACAUUGCAUGCUUGAAAAGAGAUCAAAACGGUAUUUAUUAAAAAGAAGCGGUGAAAAGUGAUGGCAUGGUGAAAGAUAGAUGGAAAGAGUACUAUAUAUUGUGUGUGAAAAGUUUUUUAUACUUGUGUUUUAACUUUUUUAUCAUGUAUAUCCUUAUUUAGUGUAGAUGUUGAAGAUGUUUAGUAACUGUAAGGUUUUAUAAUAAAAACAUAGUUUUUUAUGAACAAGA